AUGACUCACAUCAUGCAUUUCAUCCUCAUUCUGUCAGGACUCUUCAUGCUGUCUGCAUGUGUUCCUCAUCAGUAUCACUUUGUGAAUGUGAAGAAGACCUGGACUGAAGCACAGACAUACUGCAGAGAGCACUACACUGACCUGGUCACUAUUGACAACCAAGAGGACACAGAGGAGCUGAUUAAAACUGUUAAAGGAGAUGUUGAGCGUGUUUGGAUUGGACUGGAGAAGAGUGGUGAUAUGAGGUGGCAGUGGUCUCUGGGAGAUCCAGCAGUCUACAGAGAGGGAGAAAUGGGGUUUACAAACUGGAACCAAGGAGAACCAAAUAAUUUUCUGGGUGGAUCUGAGGACUGUGGUGAAAUGACAGAUAACGGACGGUGGAAUGAUGAGACGUGUUCAGUCAAACGUUCAUCUGUGUGUUAUGACGAAAACAAGAAGAACAGUGAGAGAUACAUAUUUGUUUCUGAGAAAAAAACCUGGAGAGAGGCUCAAAGAUAUUGCAGAGAGAAACACACAGACUUAGUCAGUGUGAGGAACAAGACUGAGAAUGAGAAGAUAAAAACACAUAUAAAAAGAACUUUUUUGACCUGGUUCAUUAAAAAUGCUGUCUGGACUGGCCUGUUCAGAGACUCGUGGAGGUGGUCAGAUGGGAGUACCUCAUCAUUUAGAAACUGGGCAUCAAACCAACCUCAGCAGCGGAAGAAUGAGAGAUGUGCAGUGGUAUGGGUUACCGGCAAAAACUCAGGGAAAUGGGGAGAUCUGGGAUGUCACGUGAAGCGGCCAUUCGUCUGUAGCGAUGAUAAACUGAUCCUGAUCAAUAAGUCCCUGACCUGGAGAGAAGCUCUGAAUUACUGCAGAGAGCAUCAUGUGGACCUGGUCUCAGUUCACUCAGAGAAGAUUCAGAAGUGGGUGAUGGAGGUGGUUGAAAAGGCCUCCACUAUUCAUGUGUGGCUGGGCCUUCGCUACUUGUGUAGCUUUGACGUCUGGUAUUGGGUCAGUGGAGAUUUCUUAUGCUACCAGAACUGGGCUCCAGGGAACAACACAAGUGGAGAGGAGGAAUGUGGCGGUGUUGUCAAGACAGGAGCCAUAGAGUCUGGAGGGAACAAACGUUGGGUCAGCUCACCUGAGACAGGGAGACUCAAUUUCAUCUGCAGCAACUAUGAUGAAAACUAG